AACCAUGGACAGCUUCAGAGCUAGCAGAGGACCCUCCGAAGGUCCCCAGACUGAGGAGACCAUUAGAUAUGACCUGGAAGAAUGCGACUAUGGCAAGCUCAAAGAAACCGUACUUCGUGAUGUACUGAAUUUCGUGGACUCUCACCCAAAUUUCAAGACUUCAAUCACAUAUGAAGGGAAACAAAGCGAUAGAGUUCUUGUACUCUAUGGCAAGGAAAGGUUGAACCUUGAUGAGUACCUCCAGUUGUACGCUCCUGAUCCAGAAUACAGCAUGAGUAUAGUCUUACCUCUUGGGUACCCCUAUAAGGCUCCUAAAGUAUACAUCCUAGAUGAACUAAAAGAAUACGAUAAUGAAGUAAUUACCAAAAAUAACAAAGUGAGGACUGAAGAAUUAAAAGACUGGAAGUCCUUCAACAGCAUCGAUCUCUGAUUUGCUUAUGAUCGUAUGGUGGAGUACUUCACCACUAAUCCUCCAGUAAAAGGACCCAGCAAGAAUCGGAAAUCAAGAAAAUCGAAAUCACGCAAAAAGUCUAAAUCGAAGAGGAAAUCAAAAUCAAGAAGGAAGUCAAAAAGGAAGUCCAAGAGGAAGUCUAAAAGAAAGUCCAGAAGUACUAAGGUCAGCAGGGACUCUCAAAGAGACACCCUGAUCGCAAUGGCUACUUCAAAGCUAGAAUCCGGUGACUCAGAGUACGGCAAAAUAAUGAGAGAGUGCCAGUCACGAGUCACCCAGUCACUCAUCACCCUCAGUGCGAACAACGGCAAGCUGCUCAAAGCUAGGAACUUGAUUGAUGAGAAGACGGAAAACCUUGGCUCCCAGAUCGGUAAAUUAGAGACCAGACUUGAGGAUUUGCAAGCUUAUGUCCGGCAUGAUCAUGACGAUGACUACUACAACCAAAGAAUGAGUAGCAGCACUCAAAAGAAAUUGAUCAAGUUCAUCACUCCCUCAGAUGAUCUUUCGAAGAAGUUACUCAGCCUGACUUCCAGUGAGCUUGCUAUUGAGGACUGCAUGGCGGAGGCGAAGGUCUGAUACAGGAAAAAGCUAGUGUCCCUGGAAGAGUAUCUAGACAUCGUACGGAAACUGAGCAACAAGCAGUUCAAGAAUGUUGCCACGAAGAGGAAAAUUAUGGCUCUUAAACAACUAGUGAACUAAUUUCAAUUCUUGAGAA